AUGAACACAUUAUAUAUAUUUAUAGGAAUCAUAGUUGUUAUAUUAUGUUCUCGCUUUUGUAAUAAUGUAAAUGAAAACAAUAUAGGGAAAUCUCAUUAUCCCAUUUUUUUGAAAGAAAGAUUUAAUAGAAACAAUAAUUUUUGUAGUAAUGUAUAUAAUAAUAUAGGAAGGAAAAAAAUAAAGAAAAACAAAAAUGUUUAUCCUCAUAGCCUUGGUUAUAUAUUUCUACCUUUGUAUAAUAAACUAAGUCGUUCUAAUACUAACAAUAAUGUAUCAAGAAAUAAAUGUUUAGUUGAUUAUGUACCUAACAAAAAGAUGCAAGGGGGAAACAUUUUCCUUUUUCAUAAUGUGCAUGUUAUAAAUAAGAAAAUGAAAUUCCAAAAGAAUGUAUCUAUAUGUGUCGAAAGUAAAAAAAGGGAUAAAAAAAGGGAUAAAAAAAGAGUUAACCAUGUGUUUAUGGAUAAAAACUUGGGAGACAUUUUUGAAAGUAACAAGACAGAAGCAGUUAUUGAUAAAAACAAUUCUAGUAAUGUAAUUAAUAAUGACGCUGAAUAUAAUCAUCCUAAUAUACAUAAUAACGAGGGGACAUAUAAUAAUAUCGAUGAAAAUAAUCCUAUGUAUGAAGGUAUGCCUAACCACCUAAGCGAUAGUAAUUUAGAAAGUGCCAUGAAGAAAGCAGAAGAAUAUAUUAAAGGGAAAGAAGAUGAUAUAAUAGAAAGAAGGGAAAAAGAAAAGAAAAAAAAAAUUGUUGAAAAAAUGAAAGGUGAUGAAGAUGUAUUUACAGAUAAGUUAUUAGAUUUAAGAAUAUAUGAUAUGUUAAAAUAUGUAUAUAGAAAUAAUAUAUAUAGGACAUCUCAUGAAUUAGUAAAUAAUAUAUGCAUGUGGAUGAAAAGUACGUAUUCUAAUUAUGUAGAUACUAAUAAAGAAAUACGACAAAGAGAAAAAAAGAAACAAGCGGAAGAGAAAAAAGAUGAAGAAGAAAAAAAUAAAAAAAAAGAAGAAUUAAUAAAUAUAAGUGAUAGUGAAAAGGAUACGAAACACAACGAAACUAACAUUAAUUAUAAAAGAGUCAAUGUUAAUGACAAAGAUGUUAAUAUUCAUGAAGAUAUUAUAAAAGGAAAAAAAACAAAAGAAAAAAUGGACGAUGAAAUUCAAAGUGAAAUUAUAGAAAAAGACAUUUCAACAAAUUAUAGUAAAGAUAGAAAUGUACAAUACUUAAAUACCUUUUCCUUUGAUAAAAAUAAUGAAAAGCUGAAUAAUGAAAUGGAGAGCUUAAAAUUGUAUAAUAAAAAAAAUUUGAGUAAAUAUUUUUUUUCUCUUUAUAAAGGAAAUAUAUUAAAACAGUUGGUAACAGAAGGUGAGGACCUGCAGCCUAAGGAUGAAUAUAUAGAAAGGAAAAAAAAGAAUGAUAUUAAUAAAUAUGAUAGUAAUAAAUAUGAUAGUAAUAAAUAUGAUAGCAAUAAAUAUGAUAGUAAUAAAUAUGAUAGCAAUAAUUACGAUAGUAAUAAUUAUGAUAAUAAUAAUUAUGAUAGUAAUAACAAAUUAGAGAACACUAAUUUUGAUAAACGAGUAAAAGACACGUUAUCACAGAAAUUAUUUCUUUAUGAUGAAGAAUAUUAUAUAGAUAAAGAAAGAUAUAUGAAAUCUAAUGUUACCAUAGAAUUUAAUAUUUAUGAUACUUAUAGUGAUAAUGUUAUUUUAAAUAAUAAAAAAACAAAUUCUACCAUGUUAGAGUUCCCGUUAAUAGAUAGUCAUCAUAUUAUACAGAAAUGUUUAUUAACUAUGAAAAAAUUAGAAAAGGCUAUUUUUUAUAUUAAAAAUAAUUUAUUAUUUCAUACUUUUACCUCCAAUGAUAACCCUACAAAUAAUGAUGAUAGAAAUAUAUAUGAUGUUAUAAUAAAUGAAGAAUGGAUAAAAAUGGAAUUAUAUUUAUGUAAUAUAUAUGGUAUUAAUGAAAAGUGGAUGGGUAUUACUCCUAAUAUGUUUGAAAAUGAGCACAAGACAAAUAUGUUUUUAAAAAAUUAUAGUAUGGAUAACCCUCAGAAUAAUAUGAUUACUUUGGGGGACCCUACUAAUAGUACUAAAGGAGUAGAUAAUUACACGAAUAAGGAAAUGAUAAAUAAACUAAGUGAUGAUAAAAAGGAUGCUUUAAAAAAAAAUAGUGCUGAAGUUGAAGAGAGUCCUAGUAAGAAUAAUGUAACGAAGAAUGUGUUAUUAAAUAAUUCACAAAAUGUAUCAAGCGCCGGUUUGAGGGAUGAACAAAUUGUCAAAAAUGUUGAAAAUGGCGAAAUGAUCGAAAACAGCCCAUGCAACAAAGUGGUGGAUGAAGCUAGCCAAAGGAGAAGAGAAGAAAUUAUACGAAAGACUGAAGAAUAUGAAAGGAGAAAAGAAUUAGAAAUAAAAAGUGAUUUCUUAUUAAAAAAAUUAGAAAAUGAAAUGAAAUAUGAUCCAAAUCAUUAUAUGUGGAAAGAUUUAUAUCCUCAAUUAAGUGAGCAUCAUAAAAAUAAGACUGAUAAAUAUUUUGAAAAUUUAAAAAAAGAAAUGACUGAAAAUAAAUGUAGUAGAGGUUAUACAGAUAAUAUAAAAAAGAAGCAAAGCAUGAAAGGAUAUGAUAUUGGUGAAAAAAUUGAAGGAAGGACAAAAUAUUAUAUAUGGUAUGAGAAUAUGUUUAGUUUUUCUUUAUAUUUUUUUUUACGUCCAUAUAUAAAAAAAAAACAUAUUCUUAUAGAUAUAGAUAAUAAUUUCUUUUCAUUAACAAUAAAUAAACAUAAUAUUAUAAAGGAUAUUUUUAAUCAUCCGAUAAAUUCUUCAGAUUCUAUUUGGUCCUUAACAGAUAAAGAAGACAACCAUUUUAUGGAAAACGAGAUGAAUGAAAUUCAAUUUCCUGUAUAUGAUAUUACUAAUAUACAAGAUGAGGAAAUACAAAAGUUUAUCAAAAGUAAAUAUGCUUUGGUAUAUAAUAUAUAUAAGGAUAACAAUCAUAAGUAUAUGUGGGGAUCUAUAUUUAAAUCGUCAUAG